AUCUGCCACGCGAGUCGCGAUGCAACGUUGUUUACUGUGGAGGGGAGUCUGCGGUAGACGAGGGACCCCUUGAACCCCUUCGGGUGCCCGAAGGGUUUUGCACGUGUAGUCUAACUGGCGAUGCCAAUUUUCGAAAAUGGCCAACGCCGAGGUGCUGCAGCUGGACGUGUGGAAGGGCGACUGGGGCCUGCCGUCGGUCGACAUAGAAUGCUUGCAAGUCCUGGCAUAUGCCAAAUUCAGUGGGGUACCCUUAAAAGUAAAUCUAGCGAGCAAUCCGUUUAGAACACCAAACGGUCGAUUACCCUUGCUUAAGGCUGGUCUACGUACGUUGGAUACGGUUAAAGACAUACUGCCCUUUUUUAGAGCGAAACAUUAUAAUUCUGACUAUACGUUAAGCGAUAAGCAAUGCGCAGACGUCAUGGCUUAUGAUGCUCUGCUUAAGGAAAAGUUGUAUCCAGCCUUCCAAUUCAUAUGGUGGAUAGAUAAGAAAAAUUUGGACGACCUAAUUAGACCGUGGUACUGCAAAGCGCUAUCUUUUCCAUUUAAUUUCUAUUAUCCAGGAAAAUUUGAGCGACAAGCGCAUACUUUGAUGCAAAGUUUAUAUCCUCUGGAAGAUAAUAUAAAUGUUAUCGAAAAUGAGGUGUAUUCGGAAGCACAAAAAUGUUUAACGUUACUAUCCACAAGGCUUGGAGAUACAGAUUUCUUUUGCGGAGAGCAGCCUAGCACAAUAGACGCCGUUGUGUACUCGUAUCUGGCGCCGUUGCUCAAGGCUCCGUUACCAAACCCGGUCUUGCAAAAUCAUCUGAAAGCCUGUACAAAUCUAGUGAAGUAUGUGUCGCGUAUAUCACAGAGAUACUUCGAGAACGAAUAUCAGACUUACGAGAAGCAUAAAGCUGAGAAGAAUGUCGAAAGAUCGAGAAGAGACUCUGAAUGUGAAUUUCCCAACAAGAGAAGAAAUCAGAUCCUUGCUGUGCUUGUCGCUACAAUGGCAAUGGCGGGAUAUGCGUUGUUCACUGGUAUCGUAGAGGUGCUAGUAUAUUUGUUAAGAAGCAGAAAGUUUAUUAAAAUUCCUAAGAAGAAAAGAAAACGUACCAGUAAAGGAUGACGAAAUCUCAGACGUGCCGAUGGAAUACAUGCUGAAUGACGAGGAUGACGAAUAGCAGUUAGCAAAAAGAAAAUUAUGUUUUCACGACAAAGGAAGAGAAUAUAAAAUUAUUAAGCGCAGAAAAAUAUUCCGUUUCAUGCAAUAUUUCGCAAUGAUUUACGUUCGAAAGUCUUGGUGUGAAAUAGUCCUAUAUUCGUGACACAGCGAGAAAGGCAGGGAGAUGUUACAUAAAUGUAUAAAUAGCAAAAUAUACAUAACAAAGUAAAUAAAUAUUUUGGAAUAUGAUACACAA